CUGUCCCUUCAUCGUCCCAGAGUUGUCUGUUACAUGCCAAAGACAAGCUCUUAGCACACAGACAGCAAAGAGAGAUCUCCCCUUUUCGGCUAUGGCAGCCCGAACUUAUCCCAUCUCGCUUCUGUUCUUUGUCGUUCUCUUACAUGCCGCCCGCUUUGGAGAGUCGGAAUCGUUUAUUGGGGUAAACUAUGGCCAAGUCGCGGACAACCUGCCACCACCGCCUGCCACAGCGAAGCUCCUCCAGUCAACCUCCAUCCAGAAGGUCCGGUUGUAUGGUUCUGAUCCUGCCUUAAUCAAAUCCUUAGCAAACACUGGGAUUGGGAUCGUGAUUGGGGCAGCCAAUGGGGACAUCCCAGCCUUGGCUAACGACCCGAACUUUGCGAAGAGCUGGGUCAGCACAAAUGUUGUCCCCUUCUAUCCUGAUAGCAAGAUCAUCCUUAUUACCGUCGGGAAUGAGGUGAUGACCUCGAAUGACCAGAAUCUGAUGUCCCAGUUACUGCCAGCAAUGCAGAACGUACAGAAUGCCCUCAAUGCAGUGUCUUUAGGGGACAAGAUUAAGGUUUCCACGGUACACUCAAUGGGAGUGCUCAAGACCUCGGAGCCGCCUUCCACAGGGAGUUUCCACCCGAGCCUCAGUGAUCUGCUGAAGGGGCUCUUGGGGUUCAACAAUGGGACGGGCUCUCCUUUCGCAAUUAACCCGUACCCAUACUUUGCAUACAGGAGUGACCCAAGGCCCGAAACUUUGGCUUUUUGCUUGUUCCAGCCCAACGCAGGGAGAUUCGACUCAAACACCAAGAUUAAGUAUAUGAACAUGUUUGAUGCUCAGGUCGAUGCUGUUCAUUCUGCACUUAACUCGAUGGGCUUUAAGAACGUAGAGAUAGUAGUAGCUGAGACGGGAUGGCCUUACAAAGGGGACAGCAACGAGGUUGCCCCAAGCGUGGAGAACGCCAAAGCCUAUAAUGGUAAUUUGAUUGCCCACCUUCGCUCAAUGGUCGGAACUCCACUGAUGCCAGGUAAGUCAGUGGACACAUACCUGUUUGCCCUGUAUGAUGAGGAUCUGAAGCCCGGGCCAGCUUCCGAGAGAGCUUUCGGGCUUUUCAAGACUGACCUCUCCAUGAACUAUGAUGUUGGCCUUUCCAAGAGUAGCCAGACUCCAGCAACACCGAAGACUCCCGUGUCUCCGUCUCCAAAGCCGAAGAAAGGAGGUUUAUGGUGCGUGCCAAAGUCCGGUGUAUCAGAUUCCCAGUUGCAGGCGAACCUGGACUAUGCUUGUGGGCACGGAAUAGAUUGCGGUCCCAUCCAGCCAGGCGGACCUUGCUUCGAGCCCAACACUGUGGCAUCUCAUGCAGCUUAUGCCAUGAACCUCUUCUAUCAGAAUUCGGAUCGAAACCCAUGGAAUUGUGACUUCUCGCAGACCGCCACUCUCUCAUCCGAUAAUCCUAGUUACAAGAAUUGCAUCUACCCAAGUGGGAGCAGCUGAGCAUGGUUCAGGAUCGUAACUCCUUCGGAGUAAACGAAAUUAGUCCAUGACAAAAAUGCAGUGGAGGUUCCCAACUCUGGAAUAUUCACAUGUAAAGAUAUUAUUGUUACACCUAGGAGCCUGAAGCUCCUUCUACAUUGCACAAGAGGGUGUUUAGUCGCGACGAAAAUAGGCGGCAAAUCGGGGAAGAAAUGUAUGUAUGGUCGUCAGUAGUACUCUGGUUUUCCUCCAUCCAUCUUGUUUCAAAAUAAUAAUCAGACAACAUAUUCUUUAUUCAUCAAAA